CUCUUUGAGUGAAGUGACACUGCUGCUCUGACAAAUAUCAAGCAUGGCAGCAGAUCAGGCUUUUGUCACUUUGGCCACCAAUGACAGCUAUGCGAGAGGAGCGAUGGUGCUGGGAAAAUCCCUCAAGAACCACAAGACUUCCAAAAAGCUGGUGGUGCUCAUUGGACCUCACGUAUCGGAUCAGUCAAGGGCGGUGCUGCAUAACAUCUACGAUGAGGUCCGGCUAGUGGACGUGUUGGACAGUGGAGACGCAGCCCAUUUGGCCAUGAUGAAGAGACCUGAUCUGGGUGUCACUUUCACUAAGCUGCACUGCUGGACUCUCACGCACUACUCCAAAUGUGUGUUCAUGGAUGCAGACACACUGGUGGUAUCAAACAUUGAUGAGCUGUUUGACAGAGAGGAACUGUCUGCAGCGCCGGACCCCGGCUGGCCCGACUGCUUCAACUCUGGUGUGUUUGUGUUUUGUCCAUCCAAUGAAACUUACGGGAAACUUCUGCAGUACUGUACACAACACGGCAGCUUUGAUGGAGGGGACCAAGGAGUUCUGAAUGGCUUCUUCAGCGACUGGGCAACAGCCGACAUCACAAAACACCUUCCCUUCAUCUACAACAUGAGCAGCAUCGCCAUCUACACCUACCUUCCUGCUUUCAAACAAUAUGGUGCAAAUGCGAAAGUCGUGCACUUCCUGGGCCAGAUGAAGCCAUGGAGUUACACAUACAACCCGAGUCAGAGGAGACUGAAGGGGGACAUGCAGGGGUCAUUAGACCCCAGUUUCCUGCUGGAGUGGUGGGCUUUAUACAGCGGUGAGGUGGUGCCACUGCUGAUGGGAGAUUAUGGAGACCAACCCUUCUACUCCGGCUGCGAGGAGGAUGUAGCGGAGAGCACUCAUGUUCAGCCGAUCAUGUCUUCAGCCGAGCGAAAGCAGAAAUGGGAACAGGGUCAGGCCGACUACAUGGGAAUAGACUCUUUUGACAACAUUCAGAAAAAGCUGGAUGUUUUCCUCAAAUGAUAAAAUAAAAAAUGUGAACACAGAGAGAUCUGAAAAGGUGUUCAGCUAUGCAAGACGCCAACUCCUCACUGUCUGCUUCAUUCACUUUACUUUCGAAAAGCCAUUUCAACUGUGAACUCUAGUGUUUUUACUCAUUUCUAAAGGGAGUUUUGGGAAGUGUCAGUUUUCUCUUUCUCAAGCAAGUUUGAACAUUUUAAAGGUUUAUUUAAAGUCAUUUCUGGACAUUUACUGACACCUGCUGGUGUGGAUGCAUGGUUAUGCAAUAGAAAUCUUUUUUUUUUUUAUUACUCAUGCCAUUGUAAAAGUUCCCCAUUCACAUGAUCAAAUAUAUCAAUUAUUAAAAGGGGUAAUCAAUGUACCAAGCUGUUACUUAAAGUAUUCAGCUGGCACAUGUGGUGUUAGGACUACUGAUGUGACUAAAAUAUUAAAUGGCAAAAAAAUGGCU